AUGGCUUCAACGCUACACUACACCAAUCUCCUAUUCGUCACUGUUCUCUCCUCCGUCUUCCUCCUCUCCUCGUCGCUAUCCUGCUCCAACUACACCUUCAAUUCCAACCGAACCUUCUCAUCGUGCGCCGAUCUUCCCUACCUAGACGCCCACCUCCACUGGAACUACUUGCCGUCGGUGAGAAUAGCCGCCAUCGCCUACCGGGCACGGCAGGCGGCGAAAGGCUGGGUUGCGUGGGGCAUCAACCCUAACGCGACGGGAAUGGUCGGCUCGCAAGCGAUCAUCGCCUUCCGGGCCUCCAACGGCAGCAUGAUAGCUUAUACGGCCCCGAUAACCAGCUACGAUCCGGCCAUGGCGCCGGAGAGAGUAUCGUUUCGCGUUUCCGGCUUGUCCGCCGAGUACGUGAACGAGGAAAUGAUCAUUUUUGCGACGAUUGGGCCGUUGAGAAACGGGAGCGUUGUGAAUCAGGUGUGGCAAGCCGGAGAUUCCGUCUACGAGAAUAGUCCUCAGCCGCAUUCUAUUGCGCCGUCGAAUCUUGAGUCAAUGGGAGAAAUUGAUUUUCUCAUGUAUUUGUCGUAA